GCUCUGGCUGCGGUGGUUUCUGUGGCGGGGCCUGUGAGCAGGAACGCGCCGCCCAGGCUGUGUGAUUAGGUUGUGGGCACCCCGAGGGGCCGUGCAGACGGACGGGAGGACGCUGUCCCCCACCCCCGGGAGAACUAGAUAAAAAAGAGCUAGCUAAGUUCAUGGAGGCUCGGUCCAUCAAUGGCUAUCGGCCGGGAAGGUGUCCCUAGCCUCUGUUUGCCAGGGGCUGGGAAUGGGCGACGGGAGGGAUCACUGGAUGACUCCCUGUUCUGUUCAUUCCCUCUGGGGCACCUGGCCCUGGCCACUGUCGGCAGACAGGAUACUGGGCUGGAUGGACCUUUGGUCUGACCCAGUCUGGCUGUUCUUAUGACCUUAUGGUGUAUGGACGGAUCCCACUUGCCUCACUCACCUGGGCAGACCCAUUGACUUAAAGGGGAGCAUCGUUUGGCCCAAAGUCACAGAUAGCAUGGUACAAAUAUGGAUGGUGCCCAGACUGUUAAAACUGUAAUUCCUGUAAAUAGAUAUUAGAUUUUCAGGCAAAUAUAAAAAUUUCUCUAAGCUGAAGUUGUUGUUAAUAACGAUCAGUAAUUAUGUAAGAGAGUCUUGCUAAUUUUUCAGAAAACACAUGAUUCCAGGAUAUUUACAUUUAAAGAGGAAUAAAAUAUCCAAUUAUUAGAAAGCAUGAAACUGCAUUUAAGGGCCUACAGAAAUCUCUGUGGUUCUGCCCAAAGAACAUCUGAAAAGAGAUCAUUUGAUGCUCCAAAAAGUGUACAGACAAUUAUCCAGGAAAUACUGUAUCAUUCUAAAACUAUUUGACAUGGUUGAAACUGGGGGCAAUUGUCCCACACUGUUCCUCAAAGGUACACAAGCCUAUAACUCUAAGAAUACUGACUACUGUACCAUAUUUACAGAUGUUUACUGCCUAAGUGCUCAGUUAACAGAUGAGGGUAAUGAGGUAAAGGAUCAUUCAGCUUUAGAGAAACGUAUAAAUAAAACUAAUACACUUUAAAAAACAUUUCCUGUGUCCCUAGUACUAACUAUACAUGUUACUUGUAAGAGAGACAUUUUGAUGAGCUCUUUAGUAAAUCUUAAGCAUGCUGUAUGUAUAUUUUCCUGUGGAGUCAAGGAACUAGAGUGUGUGACUUCAGAUUUGUACAUAUAGGGCAGAUAGAUUCCAUGCCAUCUUACUUCCCUGUAAGCUACCUAACUUUGGUUCCAGACCUUGAGGUCCAUAGCCCCAAAUAUGUUAGGUAGGUGUCUGUGAUAAGUCUCAUAAUAUGACAACUCUUAUGUUUGGCUCCCACUAUAUUGUUGGAGUCCAAUUAGCCCAUCAACACAAAUAGGCUAAUUUAGUCAGAUCGCUUCUCAGUUUUUAGAGUCAAUGUAGAUGUGUGUUAUUGGAGAAGAGGAUUGCCUUUUGGUUUUACUGUGGGCUGCAUUAAGGUUAUUUAUUUGACCUAAUUUGUGCAUUUUUGUAUAUUCUAAUGAUUGAUCAAGUGUAACUCUGAUUCCCCAGACUUUCUCCCACUUGUGGUGGUGUGAGAAAACUACGCUAUUAAGGGUUUUUUCCCCCCACAAGUGAUUCAUAAUCACUAUUUCCUACUUUAGCUCCUGGUUACAAUUUUUUUCUGUAUGACUUUCCUUAAUAUUAAAAUUGAUUCUAUAAAAAUGCCAGAGAUGCUUUCAUAGAGAGACAAGGUGAGGAAGGUAAUAUCUUUUAUUGGACCAACUUCUGUUGAUGAAAGAGAGAAGCUUACACAGAGCUCACCCACCUUGAGAUAUUACCUCACCCUCCUUGUGUCUCGUAUGCUGGGAUCGACAAGGCUACAACACUGCAUGCAACCGUGAGAUGCUUUGAUAUCCAUUACAGGUUUCUAAAGGCUGAAAGAAAAGUUAGCCUUCCUGAAAAGAGAAUACAGCAAAACAUUCAACAGGUUACAGCGUGCGCAAAGAGCUGAGAGGGUUAAAAAUUAUGUUAAGAAAACGGUUGCAGAACAAAAUCAAUUGCUUAGGCAAGAGGAAACUGAGAAUAAUACCACAGAACUGAUGGAUAAACAGUCUCCCAAUGAUGACGAUAAAUCUGGAAUAUAUAUGUUACAGACCAAUACCUGUUCUGACUCAGGCACUGAGAAAAAAAUGUCUGUCACAUUUAAACUUGAGCCUGAAUUCUUCAACAAUGAAGUUAACUUGCAGGAAAGUUCAUUGGCAGAAAGCACAAAUAGUGACCAAGAAAAUAUCCUCUCUGGCCUCAUGAGAUCUGUUACUGAGGAGAACCAAAGCCAACUGUCAAGGAGUAGAAUGACUUUGGUCUCAGAGGGGAGAGAAUCAGCUUGUGAAGUGCCACCAAUCAGUGUUGGUGAAACGUUGGAAAAUCAAAUGGGAAGUACAGAGGAGCCUGGGUCACCAGUAUUCAAGGGAAGGAACACCAUCUCAAACACCAAGAAUAAAAUCCAAAAGGCCCCCAAGCUGGUCAUUGUGAGGGAAGAAAAAGGUUUAACUCCUCAAGAUCCACAGGUAGGAGAUUUUCAGGAAAUGCCUGAAGAAAAUGUAUUUCUGAGUGUCCCCAAACCACUUUCAUGCAUGUCGAUGGGUGGCAGUAACAUUCAGCAGCCUGUGUCUCCAUGUGCUGAGGACAUCUGUGAUAGCUAUGAGCCAUUGCCCCAGUGUUUAGUGGGUGAUAUGCCUGUUUCACUUCAAAACAUCGAGAAUACAGGAAAAGAACUUGCCUGUAUAGAAAACCAGAUGGAUCAGGAAGAGUUGUGUAGGGCCUUUGAUUUAACUGCAGAUAAUCAACCAUCCCUGGCAGGCAGAAGCAACCCUAGCACUAGUGAAAGCAGACCCCAUAAAGAAAGAAACCACAAUGAGACCAAGAGCUCAAGUCCUCUGAACACUGACUCUCUUCUGGAUAAUGUUGAAGAACCUUUGAGGAAUCAAGAGGCUCAGACUGAAGCAGGGUCUCCUGUCCUAGAGAAGACUCCUCCUGCAGCAGAAAGCGCACUGAGCUCUUGCACAAUGAUUGAGGGACUCCUCUUUCCUGUAGAAUAUUAUGUUAGGACAACUCGGCGUAUGUCUAAUUGCCAGAGGAAAGUAGACCUGGAGGCUGUCAUUCUCAGCCAGUUGGGCAGGAGCAGGAAAGGGCUGCGAAGUAAACAUAAACAGAUAAAUUCAAAUUCAGAUCAGCUCUACCAAGAAACCGCCAGAAGUGAUUUGCAGGCAGGGGGCACUCCGUUCCCUUUUCUAGGUGGAGAGAGUGACCCAGUGAGUUCAAAUAGUUCUCAGAAAUCUCUCCCUCCAUCAGAUGAGAGCUGCACUUCCAGUGGCUCUCUUUCUCAGAAGACUGUUAUUAGUAUGAAACAAGCUAAGGGAAAAUCCUGGAGGAGAGGAAGGGGCAGAUGGGGUUCUACCUGCAGACCUGCACUGAAUGGGUCACAAGCACAUCCUCAGACUUCAGAUCUUACAGUGCUAAAGGAAAACAGUCAUCUCUUGUCAAAUGGUUCUCAACCUGGAAAGGAAAACUGUGAGGGUGACCCUGAGAGGUCACCUAUAGGCAAAACAAGGGUGCUUGUCCCUGCAGCUGGUGAGGCUACAGAAACAGAAAUGACAGACAUUACGUGGCCAACUGAGGCUGAUCUUCCUGAUGUAAGCCAAACAUUCAGCAAAUGCCAUCAGCCUCCAUUAGAACAUAUUCAAAAUCCACUCCAAGGAAAUAAUUUCUUAAAUCCAUGGGAUGAAGCUUUCUCCAGCCCCACGCAAGAUCUGGAAGCUAAUGUAAAUGUGAGUCAGGCUGGUAAACAGCCAGUGGGGCACAUUAGGAAUCAGUGUGUUCAGAAAGCCUGCCGGGCUGAGCAGCUGCCAACAGUUAAAGAAUCUCUACUUCAGCAUGAUCUCCCAAGUUCCUCCGUGAAGCGUAAAGUGAGGCAAGGAUCUAAAGGUAAAAGAGGGCGCAGUCAACAGAUGGACUUGGAAGGUCCAACUCCUCUAAGCCAUCUUGGUCUGGAUCCUAUGGCCUUCGAUCCUCCCUUUCACUUCCAGAAUGAGAUGCUCAGUGUCAAGUGGCUGCCCUCUAAGCUGGACAUCAAAGACUUUCAUUUACCCGAUGAGGAGUUUGGUCUCCUUAAAUUUGAGAAACUACAAUCCUGCACAGUGAAACAGCUGGAGCCCUUUGUUCCUUCAGGGUCUGAACACUGGCUCCAGAGUGCUGGAGACACUGUGGCUUUAGGGGACAUGAGACUUAAACAAGUGAAUACAGAAGGGAAGAGUCUAGAAAAUAGCUUUAUUUCUCCUUCAAAGACUAUGUCACCUAAACUGCCUCACUUAGAAGGGCAGUUGCACAAGAAGGGGCUUUCUCCAAGCGAAUUGCUGCUAACUCCGGCAAGUUCUGUCUCAGCUGGUGCAAUCAACCAGCUGGAAUCACAGAUUCCUACAUCUGCUUUCCCUGUCCUGGGUGCAACCCCAGCUGUCCUGUCACUGGUACACAAUGAGGCCUUACCUGACACACUUUCUGUACUUCCUUUGCAAGUGAAAACAAAUCUCUUCAAAGAACCAGCCAGUCAUGUCAUGGAUGGGAGAGAGUGUAAUAACUCCACAGGUACAUUGCACUCAGAUAGCUGCAGAACAGGAUCUGACUGUAGGUCUGAUGAAGCUGUCCCCCUCAAAGAGUAUCAGCAACCAGGGAGCGGUUCCAAGGAGUGCUGCGGUGCAGAGAACAAACUGACAGCAGAAGAGUUGGCCGUGGUGCUGAGUGACAGCCUGAGAGCCAGGAGCUUGCAACUGGCCUCAAAGCUAAAGAACCCCUCAAGUUCUUGUGCUGUGGACGUCAGCACCGUCUGGUGGGAAUCAGCUGGCUUCACAGAGCUGUGUAUCGUAACUGCUUGUGAGACUUUCAUUUCCCUGUGGAAACCUCUGGCUUCCAGCCAGUGGAGAAAGGUGUAUACCUGGCACCUUACAGAGAUUCCAGUAAUACAAAUUGUUCCCUUGCCAGAUGUCUCUAAUCUUGUAUGCGUUGCCUUGGGAGAUCUGGAGAUUGGAGAAAUAAGGCUCUUGCUUUGUUCUUCUGAAGACGGCUCCUUAAAGCAAUCACUAGUGAAAACUGGGAACAUAAAAGCUGUUCUUGGUCUGACAAACAGGAGGCUGGUCAGUAGUAGUGGGACACUUCAAGACCAGCAAAUCGAGAUAAUCUCCGUUUCAGAGGCAGGAAGAAGCAAUGAGAGGCAGACUUUGAUGCCCCCAGAAGAAACCAUUCUGGCUUUUGCUGAGGUAGAAGGGAUUAGAGAUGCUUUGGUUGGCACCACUGCAGUGAACAGCCUUGUUGUUUGGAACUUGAAAACUGGCCAGAUUCUGAAAAAGAUGCACGUUGGUUAUUCCUACCCUGCCUCAAUCUGCCAUCGCGCCUAUUCUGACUCUGGCCUCCUGUUUGUUGUUUUAAGUCACCCACAUGCCAAAGAGAAUGAGUCCUGUGGAAACCCUGCAUUCCGGAUGAGAGUGUUCAAUCCCAAAACAGCCAGAAGCACUGGGGUAAUGUUCUUCUCCCUCCCCCCUGGACACAGUGGAAGGUACCUGGAAGGCGAAGUGAAGGGUGUCUCUGCAGCAGCUGUGCUAACAUCUGGAACAAUCGCAGUGUGGGACUUAUUUUUAGGCCAGUGUACUGCUCUGCUUCCACCAAAUGCUGAUGGGAAUUGGUCUUUGGUCAGAUGGUCAGUCACAGAUUCCUGUCUCCUGGCUGGACAGAAAGACGGAAGCGUGUAUGUGUACCAUUAUUCACAAGCCAAAGCAGUAGGAAAGUAAAUGGGUAAUAUGAUGGAUUCUCAAAGCUAACAGGAGAGUUUGCACUGGUAAUCUAAAGUAAAUUGAGCUGAAUAGAAUUUUGUGUUGAAGAAAGAUUCCUCAGUGUCAUCUGUUCACUUUCCCACAAGUAAACUGCGUAUUUUUCACUUUGUCAGGUUCACAAGAUCUGUGAGAUGAUGCUGGCUGACUUUGAAUGUGUCUUGUCUUGUUCACUAGAUCUGUGAAGCCAGUGGCACUGUGUGUAACAGUGAUGGGCUAGAUCUACCUGUUUGCAUUCAGGGUUUGUACAUUUCAUUGUGAAAAGCAUUUUCAGUGGAUUAUGUAGAUGUAAGAUGCUAUUAAACUUUAUUUUUGUAAACUCUG